AUGAAGAAAAGGAAAAUUAAUUUGGACCAGAUAUCUUCAAAGGAAUUCAAAAAGAGAAGAGUAAAAUUGAAGAAAAAGUCAUCAUCUGCAACAACUUCAUCAGAAAUAAGAGAGGGUGUAACAUAUGAGAGUGCAGUUCUUUCACAGACUGGUAGCAUCCCUAAUGACAAACUCGAGACUAUACCGUCCCCUCCAGAACAACUUCACCAAGUUCCAUUGCCUCCUGAUGAAUACAGUAGAGCCUACUUUGAUCUAGAGACAACUGGUUUAGAUGCAUCAUGUGAAAUAACACAAAUGGCGGCAAGGUGUGGAGAUUCUUCUUUCUGCCAGUAUGUAUUACCUUCAGUUGUCAUACAGGAGACGGCUUCAAGGAUAACAGGACUUACAUGUGACGGUUCAACUUUUUAUAAAAAGGGUGUUCCUGUCCAAGCAGUUUCUAUACAGGAGUGUUUGACAUCAUUUCAUGAAUGGCUAAAUAAUACACCGCGUAUCCAUUAACCAAUACUAUUUGCUCAUAACUGCAGAAAAUUCGAUAGUAUUGUUUUAUGCAGAGCAAUGAGAAAAUGCUCUGAUAUACCAUUGCAAGACUGCAUUAUUGGAUUCUGUGAUACUCUGCCUAUGUUGAAGAAUCAAGCAUCUUGUAACACCACAAAAACAGUGUCUGAGAGCAUGGUGAAAAGGAUGAAUCUCUCUGGUUUUUCAAUGCAUCAACUGCAGUUUGCAUACCAAAGAGGAGGCUUCGAUGGUGUACAAAGUGUACUGAGUGAAUGUUUUCAUGGAAA